AUGGCUGAAUUCAAAUCAAUGCACGUGGAGCUCGCAGGUGGUCCAAGACCGUUCUCAGCUCGCUCUUUUCACAAACAUCGGUUUUUGAUUAAGAUCUUCAGCGCAGGCCAGCCAGUCCAAUAUUAGCACAGAUGGCCACUGACAAUAGAUAAAUAAUUUAUCUGUUUAGACAAGUUGCCAUUGUUUUACCCAGUCCCAGCUGUUGUAACGUCUGAUUCUUCCUUCUCUGAUGAACUGCUCCUCUGAGAAUAUGGCCACAUCUUGAAUUGGUUUUGUGGCGUGAAGUAUGGCAGAUCUGUUUGGCAUUGACUCAUCAUUGUUAAUCCAUCUCCUGGAGUGAGACACUGGGGGUGGCAGUACAAAUGAGCAGGACGAGUCACAGAGAUGAGAUAGGAGAUAUGAUCUGGGAUCUUCAGCAUUGUGUCCCAUGUUACUGGAUACUUCAGGCUGGAUUCUGGUUCUGUCCUAAUCCCACUCCUACAGCCACAGACACAUUAGAGGGUAUUGGGUCACAGCAAGAGCUGUAAAGGAGGUUACCGUGAGUUAUAAAACUGAGGGGUUGUUUUUUCGAGGCUAACUUUGUCUGUCUUGUCUCACUCUCUGUCUAUAGAUGACGCCAGCACUGGGAGGGAUGGAGCUGGAACUGCGGGGGACGCAGAAUACCCCACUGACCUGUCAGGGAAAUUUGGUAAGACACUGAGCACUCUCUCUCUCUGACCUUUAUCUCUUGUUUCAUCUGACCCUAGUUAAUUUAGAAACAGGGCAUUCUCUUACUGCUGGGUAUGUAGUGGCCCGUACUGUAUAUAGGGGAUGUAGGUCUAGUUUUGGAGGGGCCGAGUGCAUCUGGCACCACUCUGCCCUGUGUGUGAUGCCCUGACACACACACACACACACACAAAUAACCCCCCACCCACCCCAACAGAAUGGUACCGUUUGCUUUGGUAAUUGCCUCUGACAGGCCAGAGAGCAGGCUAUUUGAGUGAAGUGUGAUUGGCGAAACAUUCCAUCUCUCCCCUCUCUCUCUCCGUUCGCUGCCCCGUGGACUCUGUCUGUAUUGAGCUCCAUUGUCAGUGGCUGCAGAAUGUAGCCGUGUUCCACCAUGAUCAAAGGCGGGCUGCCAUGAGUAUUUUUGCACUGUGAAGUGUGGUGGUGAAGUGCUCCCACUGAGCUGUGGCCCUCUUCUCUCAGCUCUCUAGAAGGCCAGUUCAGUCUUAUCAAACUGGAGUCCACUACUGCAUUUUAUUUUCUCCUAUUGACUCUAUCUCAACACAGUUUAUAUACAUCAAGCGUUGAACUGCUGAGUGAAACUUUAAAGGGGAAAGUGUUUGUUUUGUCAACGUGCCCCUUGGCAGGUUAUGUUAUGCUGAGAAGUGCUACCACACCAGAAAUACUGUUGGGUGUUAGAAAAGUUGUCAAACAAACAUACCUUAAUUAUUUUAAAAGUUCUACAGCAUGAUUCAUUGCAAUAUUUAAUAGCUGUCUGAUGUGCAUUGUGCAUACCAUUUUAUAAAACUUGUGUGAUGUUCUCCCCAACAACACUAUUUCUUUGAUUGUAAACACACUUUAUUGUUAACAACACUUUCUUUGAUCGCAGUCCGACCACGCUUCACGCAGCCAGCCAAGAUGAGGAAGCGCGUGAUAGCCAGGCCGGUGGGCAGCUCAGUACGGCUGAAGUGCACGGCUAGCGGGAACCCUCGUCCGGAUAUCAUGUGGGUGAAGGACAGCAAGCCGCUGACCCCUGGUGAGGUGGGCGAGGGCCGUAAGAAGAAGUGGACCCUGAGUCUGAAGAACCUGACCCCUGAGAACAGCGGGAAGUACACCUGCCACGUUUCCAACCAGGCUGGAGAGAUCAACGCCACAUACAAAGUGGAAGUAAUCCGUAAGUUUGGUCACUUACUUUCAGUAUAGAUUUAUUUGAUUUUGGUUGAUUCAUAAACUUGAGUCAAUUUUGAAUGGUAAGGGUUAGAGCUGGGCUGGGCUGACUUGGUGUGGCGAGUCUCAGGCUCCCUCUCUCUCGCCAUCUGCUCAGCAUUAUAUCCCAGCUGUGUGCUGACUUCAAAAACACAUGUUUCUACCAAACACAGAAGCGGUGAGGAGGAAGUGAAUGCAGCUUGUUCUUGCACGUGUCAAAUGUGGCAUUUUCUCCCUCAACCUCAGCCUAUUCUAGCCGCAGCACGGAGAAAGAGAGGAAAGGAAAGCGCUGAACAUGGCAAUAACUUUGCUGUUAAUAUGAAAACUAUCUCCUUUGUCUUUCCAUCAUAGAGCGGACAAACUCUAAGCCCAUCCUGACCGGCACUCAUCCGGUGAACACCACGGUGGACUACGGUGGCACCACCUCGUUCCAGUGCAAGGUGCGCAGUGACGUCAAGCCAGUGAUUCAGUGGCUGAAACGGGUGGAGCCGGGGAACGAGAACAAGUACAACUCCACCAUCGAGGUGGGCGACCAUCGCUUCGUGGUGCUGCCCACGGGAGAGGUGUGGUCCAGGCCAGACGGCUCUUACCUCAACAAGCUGCUCAUCACCCGCGCCAAGGAUGAGGAUGCUGGCAUGUACAUCUGCCUGGGUGCCAACACCAUGGGCUACAGCUUCCGCAGUGCCUUCCUCACCGUGCUGCCUGGUGAGUGGAACACCCUGCUACACCCUUACCUUGUUACACCCUGUUUAACCAUAACACUCUGUUACAACCAUAUAACACCCUGCUACACCCCUACCCUGUUACAUUCUUACUCUGGGUACACCAUGUUUAACCAUAACACCCUGCGACACCAUUACCCUGUUAGAUUAUUACUCUGUUACAACCAUGUCAUAUCCUGUCACAUACACAACCAAACAACACAUGAUGUACUGGCCUCAUGCACAACUGUCCAACUGAAGUGUUUUUUUUAAUAUAAUGGUUAUAUUUUCUACUGUAUGUAUUCUCCAUCAGGUUUUAAUAGUGAUGUUUGACCAAGCUUCUCAUAACUCCUCAAAUCUCCUCUUCUCUCCGCUCCAGACCCAAAGCCUCACCACAUCCCCAUCCCCACAGCCAUCUCCCCCAGCUUGCCCUGGCCUGUGAUCAUCGGCAUCCCAGCUGGCGUGGUGUUCAUCCUGGGUACUGUCCUGCUGUGGUUCUGCCAGUCUAAACGCCAUUGCUCCUCUGGAAGGGUAGUUACCACCCACGCCUCACAGCGCCCGACCCCCCGGGUGCCAGGCUGCCCCCCACCCAGUGGGGACAAAGACUGCCUGGGCUCUCUCACCUACGAGGAGUACAUUACCCAGCAGCAGCAGCUCCUUCUGGCCCAGGGAGGCAACGGCCUGGAGGUCCCCAAAGUCUACCCAAAGAUCUACACGGACAUUCACACACACACCCACUCACACGUGGAUGGCAAAGUGCACCAACACCAGCACAUUCACUACCAGUGUUAG